AAAUGCACCAACAACACCCUAAUUAUUGGCAGAGCCAGGCUCAUCCGAACGCUCGAUAUCCUUCAGAUCAUUAUCCAAAUCAAUAUCCCGCUCAGAAUGUACCAAAGCCCUCCCCGGUAUUCCGAUCGCAGGCCGAGUUAGGAUUUGAACUACCGCCUGUGCGACCAGCACAAGGUCAACCACAGCAAAGACCUAUGCCAAGGAGUGCGCCUCCUCCGCCCUCACAGCUGCAAGGUAGGCCUAGACCGCAGAGUAUAGGGUACCCACAAGCCAGUGCCAAUUAUGCGCAUGUACCGUCGAUGCAUACAAAUAGAGUAGGCGGAAUGCCGCCACAGCAUGCUAGAAGUUCAAGCGCUAGUCCAACUCGGAAACCGUUGCCAUCUCCAUCUCCUGCAUCUCCUAUAGAAAGCACUCGGCCACUCACAAUCACACAAAGCUCAGGAUUCGCUCCGUUGUCGCCUAAUCAUCCUCACAGCAGGGAUCUUUCAGCAUUCUCCAGGUUCAAUCAAGAAAGAAUGGCCAGUGGUGCUAUCAGUCCAGGUACCGUCAGGAAUGUCGGUCCUGUAAAACCCUUUCCCAAUUCUUAUGCACCACAACAGUCUCAAUAUCAGUACAAGGAUCCUGUGACCACCAUGUCAUCUGUGUCCUCUUUCUCAGCCCCGCCCUCACAACAAAUGCCUUCCCUGCAGGCUUCUAAUCCCGUGACUAUCAACACCCCGACGCGUAGACGUGUCAGCCCGCCCAGGUUUUUUGGUAAUAGCAGUGUUUCCUCGAGUAGAAAUCAUAGUCCUGAAAAGGCCAAUAUUAAUACAUCAGCUACAAUGACCAACUCACACUCAUAUAACUCUCCUCAUCCAUCACACACACAUGCACCACAAACUUCUACUUCGCAAUCCCGAGUUGCCACGUCUUCCCUCCAAACUGCUCCGCAAUCAAAUUCCACCUUUUCGUCCAUCUCUAGUGCAGCCGUUCGCCAGCAGAAUCCAAUAUUUGAGACCAAGUUCUUCUCGACUCGUUCUGGUUUUAAUGCAACCUCAGGCUCUGAAACCAAAUUUGUGCCUCUUUGGAAGAGAGACAAACCUGUCAACAAUAUCGGUGGAAGCUCUAGAGAAACGGAAAGAGGUAGAUCUACGACAGUGCCGCCUACAUCGCCUGGCAGGCCUUUACCGCAACCCACUCCAAAUCGUUUUCCAGCCCCAUAUACUGUAGAAGAACCUGACGAUGAUGCAGCAAAUACUAGUCUUGAAAGUGAGACCACUUCAUCUGAAGUUUCUGGCGUCUCUGCCGCUUCUGGAAUAUCUGGGAAUAGUCAACGGAGUGGUGGGAGUAAUGGGCCAGGCAUUUUAGAUUUGCGAGGGAGUAUACCUCAACCUCCCAGUAUGGAUCGUGCGGUAGUCACUACGGGUGCCAUUCCUACUCAUAGCAUGGGCUUUCGAUCUGGAGCCAGGAAUAUUCCUCAGCCCCCGGGAAUGGACCGUGCUGGCGCUACGACAGGAGCUAUUCACGAGGGCAGCACGGGUAGUAUGACCCUUCGAUUUGCCAAGAUGGAGUUGGAUUUAAUGGGGAGUGGAAGUCCAUGGCCUCAGGAUCUUCCUCCGUUGCCUCGAGGUCCUGGAAGCGGUUUCAGUAACAGCCAAUCGUUCUCAAGGCCGACUUCGGCGCAUCCUCCUUCGUCUAGCCCACGACACUCACAUACUCAAUCCCAACCGCAAACACAUUCAUCCUUUGCCAACGUCAAGAUCUCUAACCAUAGUGGUCCGCGAGGCAAGGCUGAAAGGACAAUUCCAGAUUAUGACCUAGAUGAACCCCCUCCUCGGCCGGCUAGUGUUAGUUUCAGUGCGAGGAGCGUUAGCCCUGCGGGUUCUACUGCAAGCAGUACUUCUGGUGCACUGGAACGUUUCAAGCGGAAUACUCAACAACCUGCUCAGCCUCAGCCUCAGCACGCCUCCUACCCCCGUUUGAACGACCGUCCCGAGAGCAUUGGUCAUUCCAUAGCAUAUGCAGGUGUAAAAAUUGAGUCUCCAUCACCACUUGGUGGGAAAGAAAAGAUGGCCGAUGUGAGAAAAAUGGAAAACGAUUCCAAAAGCACCUCACAUUCACAACCGAUUCCAGCGAUAAGGUUUGAAAAUAACGAUCGCAGAAGCCAACCAAAUCAAUCAGAAGUCCCAAGGAUCACCUUUGGAGAUGACGAAAAUGAAAGCUCAGGUAUUCAAAUCACUGGGCAGGGUACCUCCACCCCCAGAAACAUUAUCGGUAAUGAUAGUGAUGAUAGUGAUGAUGACAACAGUAACGCGUCGCCAUUUGGCCCGUUAAUCCGUGUCAGUGCAGAAAAUGAAGGUCAACAGUCUACUCCCAACCCGCCUCAAAUUAUGUUCGAGGUUCCGGGCAUGGGUGUUGAUUCACAAUUUGGAGGACCCGUCAUCCACGUUUCUGACGAGAGUGACCAAGAUACCCCACGAAGAAGAGGUAAAGACGUAACUACUGCCCCUCAUCAAGGUGGACCUCGAGCUCUACCCGCUGUUCGUUCAGGAGCAAGCCAGUCGGGAAGGGGAGGUUUGACCUGUCCAGCUUGUGUUCGGCCGAUCAUUGGUCGUGUAGUCGGUGCGAUGGGAAUGAAAUGGCAUCCGGAUUGUUUUAGGUGCACUAUAUGCAAUGAAUUAUUGGAAUUUCAGUCAAGCUAUGAGGGCAUAGGUGAGGAUGGAAUCAAGAGACCGUAUUGUCAUCUAGACUAUCAUGAGACGUUUGCCCCCCGGUGUUAUCACUGCAAGACGGCUAUCGUUGAAGAGCGAUUCAUCUCUUUGAAUGAUACUGCAUUAGGACGAAGAACUUACCACGAACAACACUUUUUCUGUGCCGAAUGUGGUGAUCCUUUUUUAAGCCCUAGUUCUGCGGCCAAACACAACCAUGAGCGGGAUUUUGGGAAAAGCGCUGGAGGAGAAUUGACGUUUUCCGGAGAUGGGACGUUUUCUUAUGAUGAUGAUGAGGAUAACGUGGGCUUUACCGUGUUCAAGGGUCACCCAUAUUGCGAAGCAUGUCACGUCAGGUUGCGGUUACCCAAGUGUAAAAGAUGCAAGAGACCAAUCCGGGACCAUAUGGAGGCAGUGGAAGCAUUGGGAGGGAAGUGGUGCUGGGAGUGUUUCCGAUGUACGAAUUGCGAUCAGCCAUUUGAGGACCCAUCGUACUUUGAAAGAGAUAGGAAACCUUAUUGCGAGAAUUGUUUUAGUGUUAUGAUUCGCAAUGAAAUUUGAGCUGGUUUCGACUAUGUUUUGAAUACAGUAUCUUUUUUGCGCUGUGAACGAUAGUUCGGUCAAUUAUUAGUAUAUCAUCGACGCGUGUAUCGAUUUGAUGUACCGACUUGUGUGUCUACAUCAUUUGAAAGAAUGACUUGCGAUUAUCGAGGUAGGAAAUCAUAGAUCACAGCCUCAUGUAUAGUGCAAGGUCAAAACACUACAUCGCAGGCAGUCCAUCCUUAAGUUGGUUCUUGGAGGAAAAGAUAUCAAAACGAAAAUGGUGAGCAGGAAAACAGUUGCACCCGAGGACGUACGCUCAUCUUCACAUUCAGUGGAGGCGAAUCGGAUCA